AUGCUUGGCUGGAUGCUCAAGCGUGGUAGCAACGCGUCGCAAACGGUCGAUGACGCCGAGGAUACGACGCAAGUCGAGCAACCCGACACGCCGGCCCCCGUAUUCGCGGCGCGAGCAUUCAAAAGUGCCUUGUUUGGCACACCCCGACGCCACGACAUUCAACUUGCACGAAGCGCCAAGCGAAGCGCAACGGGCUCCAACGCCGAUAAAGAUUCAAACACACCGUCGAAACUGGCCGGCAUUCUUCUGACACCCGGCACCGGAGCUACGAGGCGCAAGCGUGUUUCUUUCGGAUAUGAUGUUCCUGGUCAAAAGGAUACUGCGACGAAACCAGAAGAUCCAGCAAACAAAAAAGAAAACAUGAACAAAGAAACCGAGGAAAAGCCUGCUACUGCAACUGACUCCCGCCAACCAGACGGAGAGGACGAAUGGGAAGAGAAUGAUGACGGCGAACAGAUGAUGAACGAUGUGACCAUGGAUCUCAACGAGCCGCACUCGCAGUCUGGCAAAUACUGGAAGGGAGAAUUCGAAAAAUACCACGAGGAUGCCAGGAUUGAGCUUGAGAAAUUGCUCAAGUAUAAGCAACUUGCAAAAUCUUAUGCCAAGCAACGGGAUGCCGAGACGAUGCAGCUGGUUGAGCGUCUGCGCGACGAACAGCUCAAGGUACUCAAAAUGGAGAAGAUGAUUGCUGAAAACGAGUCAAACAUUGCCUCUGCGCGACAUGCAGAAGACGGCGACGCGACAGUCGAGCUCCUAGAUAAAUUGGCCUCACAGACAACCUUGGCUACGCAAUAUCGAGAAAAGGUGCAAAAGCUGGAAAGCGAACUAGAGGAAGCACUGCGCGAUAGAGAGCAGAGGGCUGAUGGGCAACGGCGGCGCCGACAGGGGAGCGCGUCGCCCGCGACUCAUAAAGCCCUCGCCGAGACGCAGCGCGAGUUGCGACAAGCAAAGAGUCAGCUACGAGAAAUGGGGACAUUGCGCAAUCAGGUUGCUUCACUCAAGGCGAAGCUGCAAGCGGCUCAAGAACAGUCCAAACCCGCGACUGACGCACCCAACGAAACAUCACGCACCAAGGAAUUGCGCGCCCAAGUCCGUGCACUCAAGGAGGAAUCUUUGAAGAAGGAUCAGGAGUUGCUGGUCCUCAGAUCUGAGUUUGAUUCUUUCAGGGAGGAAUCAGCAACCCACGAUGCCGAUACUCGUGCCGUUCUAGAGCGCGCGCACUCCAAGAUUGCCGAGCUAAAGAAGGUCAUUAAGACUCUCAAAUCUACACAAGCAGAGAAGCCUUUACCUCUGACCUGGGAGGCGGCUGGAAACGCUGCCCUCGCAGGCGUCGAUGAUUUGAAGGAUCCAAUUGUCCCGGCCGAGCCUCGGCGCAGCUUGGAUACAGAUCAGCGUCGCAAGCCACAGCUUUCCUCCAAGGAGCGAAAACCACGGUCGCUUCGAGAGAAGUUUCGCGAAGAUGCGCCACCGAGCCCCGAGCGCUCACCUGCACGAAACACGCGCCAGGUCGAAGAGGACAGACGCCAGUGGCAAGAGUUUGUGCCUAGGCCCCCGCGGAACAUCGACUACCUCGGCGAGGACGUGGUCCGUCGAAUAGAGAAUGGUGGCGUGACACCAGCCGCGACCAAGAAGAAGGCAGUACCCCCCGAGAACGAGCAUGCAGGCGGCGGAAGACGGGCCAGCACGUCAGACGAUGAGGACGCAAUCGAUUUGCUCCGGAGUCGCUUCGCUAAGCUGGGCGGUCCGGAGGAAGGCGGGCAGGGCCAUGCGGGCAUCACGAUCCCAGGCAGGAUCAACCUACCGCCGGAGCGCCGAGCGGCGGCGCUGGCGCGCAUUGAGAAGCGCAUGGCGGAGAAGAAGAGAGCAAGGGCGCGGAGCAUGGACAAGGAGAACAUACAGCCCAUUCGGUAG